CUACUUCUCAAACAAGCAGCAAUACAAACCGAGAACCCUGCUUAGUCAGCUGACUUCUCCCUAAUCGCCUCCUGCUUACCCGCUGGAACCCGAGCCGAUGCAGGACUACCCCCAAGCACUUCAAACCAACAGGGGCGUCUGAAUAUUAUUAUUAAUAUUUUCAUCACUGUGCAUAUAUAAUCGUCCGUUCCAUUUUUAGUUGAUUUUAAAAUUCUCAAUAACAUUAAGCACUCAACGUAAAGUAAAAGCAUAACGCGAUCUUAAUACAAACAGACUUCUUAUAAAAACCCCACUCCUGUUUUAUUCAGAGAGCGCCCUCUGGUGUUCUUAUCGAGACAGAAACCGAAACACAGAAGGCCUUCCAGAGGUACACAAGCACGGGGACUGCUGCCUGUUGUCUAUUUUAAUAAUAGAAUACUUAUCUAGAUCAUAUUGGAUUGCCCCAUGGCUACAUUUUUCGGAGAGGUCGUGCCCGCUUACUCCCGAGCUGUGGAGGAAGGUGAAGACGAUUCGGAAGAGGAGGAAAACGAAGAAGAUCGGGAAAUCAGGAACGAAAUCCAAAAGAAAAGAGAAGUUCAUGUUCAUUGGAAUCCAGAGAUCACAGAGUCGAUCUCCAGUGCCGAAGCCUUCCAGUGUUCUGACCUUAUCCUAGCUGCAGGACCCAAUGCUGCAGGAUUCCUGUCUGCCUUUGUUCUGAGCUCGGGGAGCUGGGAGACAGUGGGGUCCGUCACCCUCUGGAACGAGAGAUGCAAAACCACUGCCAAUCAGCAGCUUCCUGCGGGUCCAUCCUGCGUCUUCCACAGACCGACCGACAAGCCAGACGUUCUGAUUUGCCAGUGCACUUGUCAUGUAGCAGAAGACCAGCUUUUUCAAUGGGCAGAGAAGGUUUUAGGCAGCAUUCAGAAAACAGGCUUGACUGUCACAGUGUUGUCAGAUUGCUCUGUAGCUGAGUACAAGACACCUGAUUCAGUCUCCACCAUUCCUGUGCCCUUCCUGAGAGCGCUGAAGACACGCCACUACAAAGAGGCGCCACACUGCCCCCUUCUGGAGCAGCCCAAUGUUAUCACUGGGCUCCCUGCAGCAGUUCUCAGUCACUGUCAAGUCUUUGGGAUCCCGGCUGUCUUGUACCAGUGUUACAGUGAUGUGGUUAAACCUGAUUCAGUCACUAUGGAGGCUUACAAGCCCACGGUGUCUUGCAGGAGCCUCAGUCGUGUAAUGAAGCUGGAUUCAUCCGAGAGUGUAGACAUAUUGAAAAAGCUGGUGAGAGUCAAUGAAGCACAAAGUAACCUGUACACCUGAAUGUGUAAAAUGUUUUUUUAUUGUGUGUGUUUGCACUGUUGGAAAUCUGUAUUCUGAUGUCCUAUUCUGAAACAAUUUAAAGAGAAAAAAGAGCCAAGAUAAUAAAAAAAAAUAUAGGCUUACAAAAUAAAAGGAUUGUGUGUUUGUGCUUAUUCGUGACUGAUUUGUUGUAUUAUAAACUGCUGAACAGUUUAGAACCGCACUGGUUGUAUUUUGCAGAAUUAAUCAGCCUGUGUGUUCUAUUCCACUGUUUAAAUCUUCCACUAGAUGGCGCCCUUGUGACGCAAUCCAGCUUGCUUUCUUGUAUAAAGGUUUGUACAGCAAUAAAGAAGAACUGAUGGCCCAGCUGUCACAAUAGAUGCAUAUUGUUUGAGGUUUUAAAGUCUGAUGCACAGAAAAACAGAAUAGUAUCAUCUGAUUUAUUAUUAUUUGUUUAUUUAGCAUACGCUUUUACUCAAGGCGACUUACAGAGACUAGGAUGUGUGAACAACGUCUCACCCAAAAGACACAUAGAGGUUAAAUGACUUGCUCAGGGUCACA